ACAAGCUUCAAAACUUCAGAACCGAAAAGCGUUGGUCUAGGAGAGGGAAAGGCUCCGCUGAUGAAACCACACAAGCAACACUGGUCUAUGCGCUACAGUCCUAAUCAACAUAUUGUUUCUUUGGAAAUAAGAUGAUCCAAUCACGUCUCGUGUGUGUACACUUGAAGAAGCCAGCAGGUGACAGUUUGGGAAAGUUUUAAGAAAAAAAGACAACACAAAAAGUGUAUUUUUUUUUUUUUUUUAGUUCUGGGAGUACUGUUCAAGUGAGAAUUGUGGCAUACUGACUGUCUCAACAGGUUGACGUGAUGGAAGAACAGUGCUACUACAACGAAACAAUCGCCUUCUUUUACAACCGCAGUGGGAAAUACCUAGCCACAGAAUGGAAUGCAGUCAGCAAACUUGUGAUGGGACUGGGCAUCACUGUGUGUAUCUUUAUCAUGCUGGCCAACUUACUGGUCAUGGUGGCCAUCUAUGUAAACCGACGCUUCCACUUCCCUAUUUAUUAUCUCAUGGCCAACCUGGCGGCUGCAGACUUCUUCGCUGGACUGGCCUACUUUUACCUGAUGUUCAACACGGGUCCAAACACCAGGAGGUUGACUGUAAGCACAUGGCUCCUGCGCCAGGGUCUCAUUGACACUAGCCUCACUGCAUCUGUUGCAAACUUGCUGGCCAUCGCCAUUGAGAGGCACAUCACAGUCUUCCGCAUGCAGCUGCAUACCCGCAUGAGCAACCACCGGGUUGUAAUCGUGAUUGUAGUCAUCUGGACCAUGUCUAUCGUUAUGGGUGGCAUACCAAGUGUGGGCUGGAACUGCAUCUGUAGCAUCUCUUCCUGCUCCAACAUGGCACCGCUGUACAGCAACUCCUACCUGGUCUUCUGGGCCAUCUUCAACCUGGUCACCUUUGUGGUUAUGGUGGUCUUAUAUGCCCACAUAUUUGUCUACGUGCGCCAGAGAACCAUGAGGAUGUCGCGUCACAGCUCCGGGCCACGCCGCAACCGGGACACCAUGAUGAGCCUUUUGAAGACUGUGGUGAUCGUGCUGGGCGCCUUUAUCGUCUGUUGGACCCCUGGUUUGGUUUUGCUGCUGCUGGACGUGUUUUGUGCUAAAUGCAACAUUCUGGAUUAUGAGAAGUUCUUCCUCCUUCUCGCCGAGUUCAACUCAGCUAUGAACCCCAUCAUCUACUCCUAUAGGGACAAGGAGAUGAGCGCCACCUUUAAGCAGAUCCUAUGCUGCCAACGCCAGGAGAAGGUGAACGGGACAGCUGAAGGCUCAGACCGAUCAGCCUCAUCUUUCAACCAUUCCAUUCUGGCAGGAGUGCAGAAUAAUGAUCACUCUGUUGUGUAAACAGAGCCCAGUCCAUGGGAGAUAAGCAGACAGAGAGGGCAUAUCAACAUUGAACAAAUUCUAAGACACCAAUUAUCAAGGGGAAACUCCACAUACUUUGACAUUCCGUGAAAAGGAUGACUGAAAACCAAGUUCAGCCAAGCUUUGGAGGACAUGCUAGCUUCAAGUCUCCUUUUCCUCCCUAAUGCCUUACCUUCUGCAGCUUGGCUUAAGAACUGCUGUGUUCAAAGAAAAUAAUUGCCUACUGAAGUUCUGAUAUGCAACACUGCUAUUGCCUAAUGCCAAUUGGUCUCCAACUUCCUUUUAAACUUAUACCAGCUAACCUGCAUUACAUGUAGAAUUCUUAUGCUUAUUAAAUAAAUAAAUACAAGUAAAUAAGAACACAUCAUGUAAUAAACAUUUAUAUCUACACCAUCAGCAUGUUUGUGAUGGUUAUUAUGGAUACUUCCUGAAUAGUAUAUAUUAUGUUUUUGUUUGUUUUUAGCUAUACUGCCAAUACUGCUAAAGAUAUAUUUUUCUAUUAAGCGAAGAUGACAAGAUGUAAUUUGUGUUUUGUCUUUGUUUAAAAAUAUAUAUAAAUCUAUAUGUCAUGUUGUUUAACAAAAAAAGGAAACUUUUCUAUGUAAAAAAACAAAAAAAAAAGUAAAUGAAAAACCGUGACUGUACAAAUAUUUGUUUAGGUUACGUAAUAAAACAGGAAACUGUUUUCUCAUCA